UCCAUCAAAUAUGGGCUUUGUCACUUGUGUCAAUUCUCCAAAUACUUGCACCAUUUUUUGAAAAAACACCAGGCGAGUAUUUCUUCAUUUUUUUUAUUUGUCUCUCUUCCGAAAGGUAUAUAAACAGGUGGCCAUAUCAACUAUCACGGUCCUCAAUCAAAGUUGUGAAAAUUGUUAGAAGAAUUUAAUCCCUCCUAUUUCUUUGAAAUUAGGGCGAAUUUCGGUUUCUCUUCCACGAGAAAGAAUCAGGUUGACUCGAUUUGUAGAUGAUUGAGGGGUUGAUUUGGGAACGAUUGUGCUCUUCUGCUGCCUCCGUUCUAUGAAUACUUGAACCAAAUACCUUGUAAGUGAAAAACGUUGAUAUAUGUGGGAAUUUGGGGCGAGAAGAGGUAGUCAAGACAAGAGGUGGGCUACAUGAUUUCGAGUUUUCUGUUUGGUGUUUGGACCUUCGCGAUUGUGGCGAUUUUGGUUUCCCGUUAAGGACCAAUAAAGAUGAUUGAGGGGUCGAUUGAAGCUGAUAAUCCUAUUCCUGUUAUGCCAUCAAUUUAUGACGAUUCCUCGGAGGAGGAUUCUCGACCGUUGAGGAUAAAACGUCGCGUUUCUCCUUUACCGGAGAAAUUACAUGGCAAAGAGAUUGAGCUUGGAGGACCAUUACGGAGGCUGCGACGUCGUGGUGUUUCCUCCUCCAAGAGAUCACGCGUCAAAGAGGAGCAAGAGGAGCAAGAUGGCCAACCACAACCGAAAAUGCAACAUAAUGACGCUUUCUUAGCUGACAAACUAUCUGGCACAGGUCCUUAUACUUUCGUACCCUACCAUGACGUAAUUUACGAGGACGAGGAUCGUGAGGCCAGCCCUCCUUUAGAUGAUGAGGAACUUUUUGACCGCCUUGGACUUGGAUGUCUUCACGUUAAUUUUGAUCGACCACAUAUUCAUCAGAUAGUCGUGCACGCUGAUUAUUGUGAAGAGUCUGGCUGUGUUAAAUUGCUGGAAGCAAUUAAGUGUGGAGAUCGUUUUGUGGCCUGCUCUGCUGAUAGCUGUGUUAUGUUUUAUGCCAAAUUAGACCAUGAAGAGGCUGCCAAGCUGCGUGGUGUUGAUGGAGUCAAUGAUGUGAUUUCGUGCCGGGAUUUAUUCUGUGCAUAUUAGAGGAAUGAGUUUCUCUUCCAACUAGCUUGAGAUUGGCAUAUGGUUUGGAGCUGCAUAGGCUUCGUGGACGCAAAUACAAGAGAAGUUAUCUGAUACUGUUAUUACACUAGAUCUAGCUCUUCUCCUUCCUUUAGAUUCUCUUAUAACUACAUCUGUGUUGGUGGAUUUUUUUAUAAAAAUGAUGUCACUGGAGAAGAAAAUUAUGCAGCUGAACUAUCUCAACCAGACAUCUGUUGAUAUAAAUUUUGAGGUUGCCUAUAUUAA